CAAGAGCAGUAAUCUGCAUGCGCUUUUAAAGGUGAAAAACUGCUACAGUUUUUAAAAAAAAAUUGUUCAAUAUAAUAAAAACGGGUUGUCAGUGACUGGUGUUACUGCAGCCUGAUACUAAGCCCCACAUUGUAAUAUUUAGCUAUUUUUACCUAGGGUAUCCAUGAGUUAAAAAGGCCUAAAGAAUUUUGCUUUUACCAUAUACAUAUAUUUUACAACAAAAAGCAAAAUCUCACCUUCAGUUUUGGGCUUUAUUUCUGCUACCUACCAGAAGAGUUGAGAGCAUUCCUGCAGGAUGCUCACAGAACUGUUGUUCUUCCAUCUGAAGAAAGCCGAAGGCUGUGUGAAUUCCAGUUGUGCCAGCCAAGUGAACUUGUCCUGUUAAGGCAUGAAAAAGACAUACUUCAGGAUUGAAAGGUGAUAUAUUUGAAGUUUUACAAAACUGCCCAGUUGUUCUCUGUAUGAUAACUUGUCUGUCCUUUGCAGAGUGAGAAUACGAGGCAGAUUUGUGUUGAAAAAUCCUAGUGGUAAAAACUCCAAAUAGGAAAAAGGUGGUAAGAGACAAGGUUAAUAAGCAGGAAGUAACCAGCCUACUUUCUCAUUAAAAAACUACCACAUCUUCUUUUUAUUCUCAUAUGAAGAUAUUGGCUGCCUAGAAAGAAAGUGGGUGCUAAAUAAGAGUAUGAAAAUAUUCUGCUUGAUCUGUGAUGUCAACUUUUUUUACCCUCUUGCAACCCUGACUUUUUGUAACUUUUCAACUAUUUUGUGAAUCAAAAGCUAUGAUAGUAAUCCCAGUAAACCAAUAGCACCAACUGUCACUGGAAGAGUAGCAGCAGUAUCAUUUAAUGCGCACUAUUUCCACUAAAAUGUGGAAAGUACCUAUUCUAUUAGGCCUAGUCAUAGUUCCUGUUGGCUUGAUAUUUCUAGUUAGUGGAACAGUGGCUUCAUCAUUAAAUAAGGUGUUAGAUAGGAGAUCCUACAUCUAAAUACAGUUCUUGUGCUUGAGGACUUGGGAGUGUGAAAAUAUAUGUAUCAGGUCAUUAACACAAGGGUGAACUGAAAUAUGUCUUGCCUUUAAAAUAACAGUUUUACUUACUGAAAAACAAUAUAGUUUUUACAUCCUGCAUUGACAGCUUACUUCCUGUUUGUCCACCUGAACUAGUAUUCCAGCUGCUCUUUUUAAGCCUCCUCAAGCACAGCUAAAGGGGUCUAUGUGCAUUUGCAGAUGCACAUUUGUAACUGUCUUGCAAAUCUUUGCUGUCUGCAACCAGCUUGCCUUCCCUUGCAAUUGCGGAGAUCAGCGAAGUGGGUGUUCAUCCGCGGGCCGCUUUUCUGAAGUGCCUCCCUUCUGGGGUGCCUGAGGUGGCGCUGCCACAGUUGGGCGGGCCCAGCCGUGUCCGGCUCAUCGGGGAGCGGUAGCGAGCAGUGCUCGCAGAGAGGCCUCAGCCCCCAAAUGCCAUCGGCAGCUACGGAUCAGCCUUGGAGCCCCACCGCAGCGGGCGGGGGGCUCGGCGGGGCCGCUGAGGGCGGCGUGUGCCCGCCUCCCCUGCGUGCAGCUGCGGGGGCAGAGGCGCGGCCAGGCCGAGCCCUCAGGUGUGUGGGGGGCGCGGCCUGGGAGUCCCCUCAGCGCGGGGGGCGUGGCCUGCACCUGCCCGGGUGGGAGGGCGCGGCCCGGCCCUGCCCUCGGGUGGGCGCCGCCCUCGCCUCCCCUCAGGUGCGCGCGGCCCGAGGCGGCGGUGGCGCCGCUCCCGAUGGCGGCCCCGGGCGGGCUGGGCCGCUGCGUGGCCGCCUUCUGGCUGGCGCUGGCCUUCGACGCGGUGGGGCUGGCGGUGCUGCUGGCCGGCGUGUUCGCCGACGUGUUCUUCUCCGACCUGCUCAUCUACGCGGGCGGCAUCGGCAUCUUCCUCAGCCUGGUCUGGUGGGUGUUCUGGUACGCGGGCAACCUGGAGGUGCCGCCCGAGGAGCUGCGGGACGACGUGGGGCUGUCGGCGCCCAAGGGCCGCGGGGACACGCUGCUGCGGCGGCUGGUGAACGGCUUCAGUCUCCGCCUCACCGCCGCGCUCGCCCCCGCCCGCCCCGCCGAGCUGGAGCUGCAGCGCGCCGGGAGCGCCCGCGGCCGCCACGCCGAGCCCGGCAGGAUCUGUUGAAGACACAACUAUUGACGUUACUGCCCCCAAAAGUGGGGGAAAUGCUGCAAAUUGUGGAAGGAGAUUCCCGACUCAAAACAGUAGGAUUCUCUCAUUGUGGAAUAACCUCUGCAAGCAUUGAGGACUCUCCAUAAAAUGGACACGUGGAGCCAUAUCUCUGCCAAAAGCACCUAUUUCAGUGUUGGACUGGAUAUGCUUUGAAAUGGUGGAAAAAGAUCCCACAAAAUCUCUUUAGGAAGCGAGAGCUAGAAGAGAAUUGAACCUGAUUCAUGGAAAUAUCAGUGCAGCUUGUCAAAUAGUUGGUUUUAUUGUUUUAAUUAUUAUUUUUUUAAAUAACCUGAAAGGUUUGGAUAAAAAGCUCUUGCACAAUGAAAAGCUCUUGCACUGUUUUUUACCAAGGUCUGGAAGUUAAACUUACUGUGAAUUUUUAUAAUGCCAGUGCAAUACUUUUGUUUGUAAGGUUGCUUUUAAGAUGUCUAUAUUUAACUGUUGAUGCAAAGCUGCAAAUGUAGUAGAAGUUGUUUAUUGUGUAAAUACACAAUUUACAGUGUCUCUUGUAAAGGUUUCAUUGUUGUUUUGAAAUAACCUGGAAUCGGAGAUUUUAUAAGUAGAAAAAUAACACCAGUGAUGUUGGCAUACAAGUA